ACCUAUAGCAUGGACACUACCUAUAGCAUGGACACUACCUAUAGCAUGUGUUAUAAUGUGUGAUCUGGACACUACCUAUAGCAUGGACACUACCUAUAGCAUGUGUUAUAAUGUGUGAUCUGGACACUACCCAAAGCAUGUACACUACCUUUAGAUUGUCAUAUACCUGUUUGUGUUUGUGAACUGGACACUACCUAUAGAUUGUCAUAUACCUGUUUGUGUUUGUGAACUGGACACUACCUAUAGCAUGGACACUACCUAUAGCAUGUGUUAUAAUGUGUGAUCUGGACACUACCCAAAGCAUGGGCACUACCUUUAGAUUGUCAUAUACCUGUUUGUGUUUGUGAACACGCCGUAAAGUGCUGCUUGUUAUAAAUGACACGUUCAACUCUUAAGUUUCGAUACAUGUUUUCUUCUCCACCCAGGGCAAACUGACUACGCUCCCUAUUUCCAUGACAACGGACCGAGCAGCACCAAUGGGAAUAUGGCUCUGUUCAGUAUCUCAGAAGACACAGAAGUCGGAACACAGCUAUAUAUCCUAAACGGUACCGACCCAGAGGGGGAUGCCGUGUGGUUUGGCUUGACCUUUGAGAAGGGCACCAGAGAAUACCUGAGAGUGGACCCUAAGUCAGGAAACAUAACUCUCAUUCAGGAACUAGACAGAGAGAAACAAGGUGAAAUCUUGGCUUUUGUUAGCAUAACAGAUGGUCGGAAUAAGGUUGUCGAGACGAUCUGGGUGUUGUCACCCGGCGCUAACGAUGAGCAACCAAGUUCCAGAACCUGCCUUUCACCGUGGGCGUCCCGAG